CCAAAAGUAUUGAGCAACAAUAAGUCUGUUUUAAUAUUAGACACAAAUACUGUGCUGAACAUCCCUGAGAAUUCCAUUAGAAUUUAUCCUAGUAAUCCAAUAGAUGAAAUAGCAAUCUUUGCUUAACCAGAAGUACUUAUCAGUAAUAAGUUUAGAGUAAAUAGAGGCUAUUUUUACUUAUAAAUAGCAACGAAUCAGAGGGACUGGUACCCAUUAGCUACUUCCUUACCCAGAAACAAACACAAUGGCUUGCCACAAAGUAGCAGCUGCUCCCUUUCAACUUCUUUCUCUUGUUAGUUUCCUUCUUUUCUUAAAUCCAUGUUCUUCUAUUUUCCUUCAAGCCACAACAAUAUUUGCCUACUCCAAUACAGUCAAUGAUGAGAGGGCCAAUGUGGCUUGCAUUGAGGAAGAGAGGAAGGCCCUCCUUGAAUUCAAGCAAGGUCUUCAAGAUCCUAUGCCUGCGCUUCAUUCUUGGGUUGGCAAAGACUGCUGCAACUGGCAUGGCAUAGUCUGCAACAACCAAACAGGUAACAUCAUCGAGCUUCGUCUUUUGGAUACACAAAUCUCUGGUACACUUUCAAUGUCAAUAGGCAGUCUUUCGGAUUUGGAGACCUUGAUUCUUUUCAACAAUUCGUUCUCUGGCCCACUUCCGACAUCGAUCGAAAAUCUUUCACAUUUGAGGACCAUGAACCUUUCUAGGAACUCAAUUUCCGGUCCACUUCCGACAUCGAUCGGAAAUCUUUCAAAUUUGCAGAACUUGGACCUUUCUAGGAACUCAAUGUCCGGUCCACUUCCGACAUCGAUCGGAAGUCUUUCAAAUUUGCAGACCCUGGACCUUUCCAGGAACUCAAUUUCCGGUCCACUUCCGACAUCGAUCGGAAGUCUUUCGAAUUUGCAGACCCUGGACCUUUAUUCAAACUCAAUUUCCGGUCCACUUCCGACAUCGAUCGGAAGUCUUUCGAAUUUGCAGACCCUGGACCUUUCUUCAAACUCAAUUUCCGGUCCACUUCCGACAUCGAUCGGAAGUCUUUCGAAUUUGCAGACCCUGGACCUUUCUUCAAACUCAAUUUCCUGUCCACUUCCGACAUCGAUCGGAAAUCUUUCGAAUUUGCAGGCCCUGUACCUUUCUUCAAACUCAAUUUCCGGUCCACUACCGACAUGGAUUGGAAGUCUUUCAAAUUUGCAGAACUUGGAGCUUGCCGACAACUCAAAAAUGAAUGGAACUAUUCCAGAAAGCAUCGGACAACUUAGAGAGUUAGAGUACUUGUAUCUCUACGGUUGUUCAUGGGAAGGCUUUAUAUCCGAAAAUCAUUUUCAGAACACUAGCAGAUUGGAUACGUUUUAUUUAUCCAGCGAGGCAUCCAACUCUUUGGUUUUCAACGUCAGUCAUGACUGGAUUCCUAUCUUCAAUCUUACGAAUCUUUAUAUCACGGAUUGUAAACUAAUGGAUACUGCUUUUCCAGAGUGGCUCAAAAGUCAAAAAUUCCUCAAUUUCUUAAUUCUUCAGAGACUCGGAAUUUCAGAUACAAUACCCGAUUGGUUUUGGAGAUUUUCACCAUUCCUUCAGGGUGUGAGUUUAUCUCAUAACCAGUUGAGAGGAAACCUUCCCAAGUCUGGCCUAUAAACAUUGGCCACGAGAUGUCAGAGUUGGAGUUUCUUGAUCUCUCAAGGAAUUAUUUCUCUGGAAUUAUUCCUAGGGAUUGGACGGAUUUGCAAUAUUUGAAGGUCAUAGACUUUUCAAAUAACAAUC